UAAGGUUUUGACAGAAACCGCGGUUUUGUGGAAAUUGUUUUAACGAAUAACAAACAGAGAAAUGAUUGCAGUAUCAUUAAGACUGGGAUACGUUACAACCUAGAACCACGAAUGGGCAUCAUUUUAGUUGAUCGUCAGUAAACGACAAAUGCUGCACACUUUCCACCUCAAGGUCAUACAAUGAAUUUGCGCGCUACUGAGGUAGAUAUUAACUAGACUGACAGUAAUCUAAGUAGCCUGAAGGCCUCGCUCUUGCGUAAUUGAACGAGUUUGGUAGGAUUCUAGUACGACAAAAAAAGUGAAAUUAGUGGGCGCCUGCCAUUCAACUGUGAGCAGCAUUAUCCUGUACGAAAUCAGUCUUAUCUUUCUUAUAAAUUCUAACAAUAAAAACAGUCAAAUGAGGUCGGUACUGAUUACUGGUUGUAGCAGAGGCAUUGGUCUCGAGCUGGUAAAGCAACUGACUGGCCACAAAUCAGCCCCAGAAUUCAUAAUUGCAACAUGUCGCAAACCGGAGGAAGCAAGGGCUCUUCAAGAACUGUCUAAGAAACAUAAAUCUAUCCACGUGUUAAAGUUAGAUGUUACAGAUUUUUCCAGCCUAGGGGGGUUUGCAAAAGAUGUUGAAGGAAUUGUUGGUGAUGAAGGCCUAAAUCUGUUAAUAAAUAAUGCUGGAAUAAGUGGAAACAAGACUGCUAAACUAGCAGAUCUUAAAGCAGAAGAACUUGCUGAAAUAUAUAAAACCAACACAAUUGCUCCCAUUCUGUUGACCCAGGCUCUGGUUCCACUCUUGAGGAAAGCUGCAAGCCACAAUGCAUCUGCUCAGCUGGGUAUUGGGAAAGCUGCCAUUGUCAAUAUUAGCUCUAGCCUUGGUUCAGUGUCACGAAACACUUUUGGAGGAUAUUAUGGUUACAGGGAGAGCAAGGCUGCUUUGAACACAUCAACACGUUCUAUUAGCCAUGAAUUAGCUACUGAUGGCAUACUUGUAAUGACCUUACAUCCUGGUUGGGUCAAGACUGAUAUGGGAGGAAAAGAGGCUGAUCUUACUGUAGAAUUUAGUGCUGCAGAGAUAGUGAAAACACUCUUCAAAUUGGGCAAGGAGCAUCAAGGAGCAUUCCUCCAGUAUGAUGGCUCUGUUUUGCCAUGGUAACGAAUGCUUUCAAAAUGGUUUCAUGGCAAAUAUUUCUGGCUAUAUAAAACUUUUUCUGUAAUCAUUGUCUUCUAUAUUUUUGUCUAUAGCUCUCGCCCCAGAAAUGUUGGGAUUUUGAUUCAUUCUGAUUUCAUUGCACAUUUCAUGCUUUAUUUUCAGCUUUCCUGAAGAGUAAUGCCUUUCCUCCUCUGUGUGCUUUUCAGUUGUAGUGAAACAACCUCUAUCCUCCCUCUCCUCAUGCAUUUGGUUUUCCUUCCAACAUUUUGUAGUACUUUCAUUAACAUUCCCUAACAAUGUUUUACAUUAACUAAAAAAAAGCCAUGGGCCAUUAUCACUUUCUGUCCAUAAACAAUGUGACAUUGUAAUGUAUUUUCAACACUUUUAUUUUAAUCAGCUUUCAACAACAGGGCUGUUUAGUGCCUUAAAGCUAUGCUGAAGCUGCACGCCAGAUAUCAAUUGCCUUUUCUCCCCCCCCCCCCCCCC